AAAAAAAUUUACUAAAAAAAAACAAACACAAAUAUGUUGACAUUUAAACCGUGUUUAUUGUUGUGGCUUUUAAGUGCUCACUUGUGUUACGCUACUGAAGCUGAGGAGAAUCACAAAUUAAGCGGCAUCAUACAAUGGAAAUAUGAAAAGCGGCCAUUUUGUAAUGCAUUUACAGGUUGUGGCAAAAAGCGUACCUCUUCCCACCCACCAUAUCCGGUUAUAAAACGUGGUGAAAUUGAAGAUAAAACCCUGUACAAUAGCAACGAUUACAUUUCCGAAGGUCUGUCCGAUUUGAUUGAUAUUAAUGCCGAACCUGCAGUCGAGAAUGUUCAAAAGCAAAUUAUGUCUCAGGCCAAGAUCUAUGAGGCCAUUAAAGAGGCGAGUAAGGAAAUUUACCGACAAAAGAACAAACAGCGAUUACACAAUUUACAACAGAAUCAACUACUGAAGGAGGAACAGGAAAAACUGGAGGACAAUGAUAAUGUUUAA